AAAGAGAAGAUACCAUCACCAGGUCCAACGCCCCCUCCAACAGAGCUUCCCACGGAGCCACCCACUGAAAAUCCAACUCCACCACCAACAAGACCACCAUCACGGGGUCCGACACCACCUCCAACAGAGCUUCCUACAGAGCCGCCAACUGAGCAUCCAACACCCCCUCCAACAGAGCCACCAACAGAGCUCCCAACUGAGCCACCAACUGAGCCACCAACGAGCACAACACGACACCAUCCCAGGUCCAACACCCCUCCAACAGAGCCCCGACUGAACCACCAACGAAAAUCCAACACCACCACCCACACCACCACCCUCACCUGGUCCAACACCCCCUCCAACAGAGCCACCAACUCUUCCUCCUACCCAGACUCUCCCGCCAACACCUCCACCAACCCCCCUCCGACAGAGCCACCAACUGGACAGCCCACUGAACCACCAACGCUUCCUCCAACAUUCACCACCCCACCGACACCGCCACCCACAGAACCACCCACCCGUUUUCCAACACCACCACCAACGCCUCCGCCAACUGAGCUCCCCACAGAGCCCCCAACUGAACCCCCAACUGAAAAUCCAACUCCACCGCCCACACGACCACCAUCCCCGGGUCCGACACCACCUCCAACGGAGCCCCCAACUGAACCCUCGACUGAGCAUCCAACUCCACCACCCACUGAACCACCAUCCCCAGGUCCAACUCCCCCUCCGACAGAGCUCCCUACGGAGCCACCAACUGAAAAUCCAACUCCACCACCCACUCCACCCCCUCCCCAGUCCCACACCUCCGCCAACAGAGCCGCCAACGCUGCCUCCAACUCAAACUGGGCCCCCUACGCCUCCUCCAACAGAACCGCCCACCCGUUUUCCAACACCACCACCAACUCCUCCACCAACACCACCUCCAACUGA